UUCGUAGGACGAGUGCAAGAACGUAUGCAGAAGCAGGACGAGAGGAAGGGGAUGAAGAAGUCACAGCAGCUGAUGGGUGACGGCUUACCGAAGCUCCUCUCGGCGGACGUGUUCUACAACACGGUGGUUGAUCAGGAGUCUACACAGGACCAGAAGGAGGCGGACAAGGCAGAGCGGAAGACUGAAAGGCAGCGGUAUGGCAAGGAAAUGGGGCAAUGGAAGCAGCUGGCAGAGGAGCGGAACACGAGGGUGGCCGCCCAGAGUGAGCGGUAUAAACAAGCAGUGGCGGGAUGGGAACGAGAGCGAGCGUCGGCAAGGACAGAACAAAGGAAGAUUGGGUGGGAAAAGCCAAAGAAGGGACGAGUCGAGCCAGUGCCUUCAAAGCCA